UGCUUCCCAAAGGUUGGGCGGAUGGAGGAGGAGGCUGCGAGGAAGAGGAAGAUGCCGCGGGCCCCCCAGGCAGGCCCCGAGGUGAGGCCGGAGAGCGCGGAGGACAAAUCCCGGCGGCAGAGCCUGGUGGGAGAGGCCGUUUUGAAGGGCUCCCCGGCGCAGGAAGGCAGCGGGGAGGAAAAGGGCCAGAGAUGCCCCCGCAGGAGGGGCUGCAAAGCCAGCCCAGGGGGCUGUGAGGAGGAAGGAGCCAGCGUGUGCGGGGAAGGCGGCCGGAGCUUGAGGCGGAGCUGCGAGCUGGUGGUCCCUGAGCAGCCUCCCAGCAGGGAAAAGCGCUUCAGGUGUUUGGAAUGUGGGAAGAGCUUCAGCAAGAGAUCCGACCUCCUAAGGCACCAGCACAUCCACAGUGGGGAACGGCCCUACACGUGUGGGGAGUGUGGAAAGAGCUUCACUCAGAGCUCCCACCUGCUUCGACACCAGAUGAUCCACAGUGGGGAAAGGCCCUACAUGUGUGAGGAGUGUGGGAAGAGCUUCAGGAACAGGCGCACCCUCCACAAUCACCGACGCAUCCACAGUGGGGAAAAGCCCUACACGUGUGGGGAGUGUGGGAAGAACUUCAAUCAGAGCUCCACCCUGCUCCGACACCAGAUGAUCCACAGUGGGGAAAGGCCCUACAUGUGUGACACUGGCCAAGGCCCCAGCACCUGCUGCCACGAGCUGUACACAGCUCCCCUGAUGUUCAAGGUCUGA